AACAUUCCACCAGCUAUGUCUAACAUUUACAAGAAGCCGCUGGUGAUCCAUCAGGGGCACAUGCAAUGGCUGUUCGACCACGAUGGAAGACGGUACCUCGACCUCUUUGGAGGCAUUGUAACCGUGUCUGUUGGCCAUUGUCAUCCGAAAGUGACAGCAGCGCUACAUGAACAGAUAGACACUCUGUGGCAUACAACGAAUAUUUACCGUCACCCAAAAAUCUACGAGUACGUUGAAAAACUAACUACAAAAUUUCCGGGAGAUCUUAAGGUAGUAUAUCUAGUGAACAGCGGCACUGAAGCCAAUGACCUAGCGACGAUCCUUGCGAAGGCCUACACGGGCAACAAUGACAUCAUAUCGCUGCAGAAAUGCUACCACGGCUAUUCGAGUAGCAUUAUGGGUUUAACUGCACAUCAGUCAUUUCGGAUGCCACUUCCGGUACCCAGUGGUGUACAUCACGCAAUGCUGCCAGAUCCCUUCAGAGGUAUAUGGGGUGGCUGCAGGGACUCAAUUUCGCAAGUGCCAAAUUCUUGCAAUUGUCCUGGUGACUGCGUCUCUUCUGAUAAAUAUGUCCAUCAGCUUUCUGAGCUUCUAGAUAAUUCGAUACCAGCAGGCCGACUAGCGGCAUUCUUCGCGGAGUCUAUCCAGGGAGUGAACGGCACAGUACAAUUUCCAAAGGGCUACAUAAAGAAAGCUUACGAAUUGAUAAAGAAGCACGGAGGACUUUAUGUUGCUGAUGAGGUACAAACUGGUUUUGGUCGAACAGGCGACGCAUUUUGGGGCUUCCAGAACCACGGAGUUCAACCUGAUAUCGUCACUUUAGCGAAAGGAAUAGGGAACGGUUUCCCGCUCGCGGCUGUUGUGACAACUAAGGAAAUAGCUGCCGCUCACAAUAAAUCUUAUUUCAAUACAUUCGGAGGAAACCCAAUGGCUGCGGCCGUUGGAAAAGCCGUUUUAGAAGUGAUUGAAGAAGAAGAACUUCAAAAGAAUUGCAAAGAAAUGGGAACGUAUUUACUUGAAAAGUUGAUGGACUUACAAAAGAUUCACCCCGUGAUAGGUGACGUUCGGGGGAAAGGGUUGAUGGUGGGUAUAGAGUUAGUUGAGCCUGGAACUAAGCAGCCACUGAAUAUGGAGGAUUCUGGUACUAUACGAGAAAUGAUUAAAGAUCUUGGUGUUCUCGUCGGUUAUGGUGGAAGAUGGAGUAAUGUGUUGAGAAUAAAACCUCCGAUGUGUAUCAACAAGAAUGACUUUACAUCCAAAGUCAUCAAAUGUGAAGAAACAAAAGAACCCAUAGUUGAAUAUGGGAAGGUGUCUAAAUUUGAAGGAUAUCAAAUAAUAUUGGAGAAUACAAUACUCUUUCCGGCCGGUGGAGGACAGCCCCAUGACGUUGGCUGGUUGAACGACAAGGAAGUAUUGCAAGUUCUCCGUAAAGGAGAUCAAGCCCUACACUUCACCAAAGAACCAAUAGAAGCUGGUAGUGAUGUGGUUCAGAAGAUUGAUUGGGCGAGGAGGUUUGAUCACAUGCAGCAACACUCAGGCCAACACCUCUUAUCUGCAAUAUUGGAGAAAGAUCACAAACUACCCACGACAAGUUGGUGGCUCGGAGCCGAGGAAUCAUUCGUUGAAAUUGACUCAACAGUUAUCAGUGAUGAUGUUCUACUAAUUGUUGAAGAAACUUGUAACAAACUGAUACAGUCGGCUAUACCGGUUACAGUAAAGUUCUUGAAAGCCAACGACCCGGAUUUGAAUGAGGCUCAUACAAGGGGUCUACCUAAGGACUGUAUGGAUACAAUCCGCGUGAUAUGCAUUGGUGAUGUUGAUGAGAAUAUGUGUUGUGGCACACAUGUGUCCAAUUUAAGUCAACUGCAAAUGAUUAAAUUAUUAGGUGUCGAACCAGGGAAGAAAGGAAAAACAAAUCUUAGGUUUUUAGUUGGAAACCGAGUCACAAAAACGUUUCAAAAAAUGUUGGAUAGAGAGAAGGCACUUACAGGUCUUUUGAAAAAUGAACCAUCAAAACACGAAGAAUUGGUGUCUAAACUUCAGAAAAACUUAAAAGUUUCGAGUAAGAAUUUACAGAACGUUCUGUCUGAAUUAGCUCAAUAUGAGGUCAAUAAAAUAAAAAACACACAACCGAAACCGAAAUUCGUGUUCCUUUUCAAGAAAGAGGCCAAUCCGGAUUUCAAUAGAGCUAUAUGUAGGGGUUUAGAAAACGAGGGUAUGUUUGUUUUUGUCGCUUCUGAAGAUCCCGAUAAGCCGAAAGAAGGGCAAAUUAUAAUACAAAGCGAAGAAAGUGAUUUUAAAGCUUUAGGACAGCAAAUAACGGACAUAUUAAAAGGUAAAGGUGCAUUCAAAAAUGGUAAAUUCCAAGGGAAAGUCAGUGACUUGGGUGGUAUAAAUAAAUGCAAGAAAUUGGUAGAAGAUUACUUUAAUAAUGUUGUAUGAUAUAAAUAAUUAUACUAACAUACUAAA